GCUGGUCUUUCGAUGGUAAUUUUAAUGAUGUGUGGCAGAAGGGCGUUUGGCAUUUGGUGGAAGUCCUCGCGUGUCGUCCGGGCAGACACUGAUUUACACAGCAUUUUUAGCAUCUAAAUGUUUGAAUAUGCGCCCCGUGGAAUGCGUGUGCGGGACCCAAGAGUCCAUCGGUCAAGGAGUUCAUGCGAUAGCGGCCUGUGGCUGUUUGUUUGUUUGUUUGUUUUUCCCCAUCAUCAUCAUCAUCAUCAUCAUCAUCCCCGUGAUUGUCUGUUUGUCUCUCUUCUUUUCUUUUUCUUUCCUCCAAUUCCAUUCCGUCGUGUUUGCAGGGGAUCAUUCGGAUGUAGCCGUGUGUUCUGUUGGAUUUGUACUCGUUUCUCUUGUGCUCAUUGCCGUUGUCAGUUUCAAAAACAGUUGAUUCACCAGAUGCGCCUGGGUGUUCUUUUUUUCUCCUUCUCCUUGCGCUAUUUCUUUCCUCGGCAUGGUAUCCAGGUGCUUGCAGCUGUUCUCUGGGUCGGGUGGGCAGUAACGAGAGACCCUGUUUCUUCAUAUACGAUACGCUUCGCGUUCGGGAGUCUACCACCUUACAACCGCCACAACAAACGCAAUAACGACGACAUGCUACAGCUGUACUAUAUAUCGUUCGUGUGGUAGACUCGGGGGCAGGCUGUGAUGUGACGGUCUCAUGUUCUCGGACGUUUUGGUUGGCGGGGGCUGAAGCUGUUUGUUGACGGCGAUAGAAAUGCGUAGAGUAAUCCGGCCAAGAGUCCUACUUAGCUAGGAUUAUACACACCAUCC